AUGGUGAAGAAGGAGCUCACUCUAGAAGAUUGGUUCUUAGCUUCAUCACCGUGCAAAAAAGACGGUAACAGCCUAUGUAAUAUCAAAGAAGGUGAUUCUGAAAAGAACUGGCUUUAUCCAUGUUUGGGUGGAGAGGAUUCAGAUGAUUUUACCUCCAAGAAUUCAAGGGACAGUUUUUCUUUGCAGAGGCUGUUGACCAUUGAAAUGGUUGAUAGUGGAAAAAGUGAUGCACAUGCUCCUUGCUUGUGCAGAAGUGAAAGUAGUGGGAAGGUAAAGAAAGGGGUGAGCUUUAGACUUCCAGAAGAGGCUGAUAUAUUCAUAUUCUGUUCACCAGACCAAGGUGAUUAUAAAGAGUGA